AUGUCAAAAAAGUCACUUGUCACGGUGAUGCUGCUGUCCUGCUGGGCCUUUGCGUACGCCCAAGGCGUGAUCACUGGCCUGGUUGUGGGUGUCUCCGAUGGUGACACCGUUAAGGUGCUGACACCAGAGAAGACUGAAAUUCGAGUCCGGCUCGCUGAGAUCGAUGCGCCUGAGUCCAAACAGGCUUUUGGGUCACGGUCGAAACAGUCGUUGUCAGAUAUAUGCUUCGGUAAACCGGCAACGCUACUGGUGCAGGACAUUGAUCGGUAUGGUCGUACUGUCGCAUCAGUCGAGUGUGAUGGCGUUUCGGCGCAAAAGCACCAGCUGAACAACGGCAUGGCGUGGGUCUAUGACCGCUACGUCAAGGACCGUACUCUGUAUGUACUUCAACACUCUGCCCAGCAGGGACUACGAGGGCUAUGGGCUGACAAUGAUCCUGUACCGCCUUGGGAGUAUCGGCACAGUCAAAAGGUGACAAAAUGA